CUGAUUGAGGGCUCGAAGAAGUAGAUCAAAAACUUCCCAGGAGCUGGGGGGCAGAGGAGAAGCGGGGCAGAGCCGCGGGCCGCGUUGCGUACCGCCCGAGCAGCGGCUCCAGCGAGGAGAGAACGGAACGGGGCGAUGCCGCUGCUGCACCGAAAGCCCUUCGUGAGGGAGAAGCCCCCCGCCGACCUGCGGCCGGACGAGCGCGUGUUCUACUGCAGGGUCACCAACGAGAUCUUCAGGGACUACGAUGAUUUUUUUGAACGCACCAUUCUGUGUAACAGCCUCGUAUGGAGCUGUGCUGUCACAGGUAAACCAGGACUCACAUAUCAGGAAGCACUGGAAUCAGAGAAGAAAGCCAGACAUAAUCUUCAAAGUUUUCCAGAGGCGCUCAUCAUUCCAGUUCUCUACUUGGCCACCCUCACCCAUCGCUCACGACUUCAUGAGAUCUGUGAUGAAAUCUUCGCCUACGUCAAGGAUCGGUAUUUUGUUGGUGAAACUGUGGAAAUGAUUAGAAAUAACAGUGAAAGGUUGCAAUGUCAGAUUUUGGAAGUCAUUCCUCCAGCACAUCACAACGGAAUGGCAAAUGGCCACGUCAGCAGUGCUGAUGGAGAAACCAUUGUCAUCAGUGAUAGUGACGAUUCAGAAACGCACAGUAGUUCUGCACAAAAUGGGAAGAAGAAAGCCAUAAUUGAUCCUUCUUUGUUCAAAUACAAGGUCCAACCUGUUAAAAAAGAACUGUAUGAAUCUGUUAUUGUUAAAGCAUCUCAGCUAAGCCGGAGGAAACAUCUAUUUUCUCGUGAUAGACUUAAACUUUUUCUGAAGCAACACUGUGAACCACAUGAUGGAGUCAUUAAAACUAAGGCAACAUCAAUUGCAAAAUAUAAUCUAGCAGAACAAAAUUACUCCUACUUUUUUCCUGACGACCCACCCACAUUUGUCUUCAGUCCUGCAAGCAGACGACGAGGGAGACCUCCAAAGAGGGCAUCUAUUAGUCAUGAGGACAAUAUUACUGCUAAGCAGAAUACCCAAGGGAACAGAAGUAAAGUAGCAAAGGAAAAGACUAGAUUUCAGAAGCAAAAAGAAGAUAUGCAGGCCAUGGCUUUUGAAAAAGCUAGAUUGAAACGAGAGAAGGCAAAUGCUUUAGAAGCCAGAAAAAGAGAGAAAGAAGAUAAGGAAAAAAAGAAAGAAGAACUAAAGAAGAUUGUGGAAGAGGAAAGGAUGAAGAGGAAAGAAGAGAAAGAGAGACUCAAAAUAGAAAAGGAAAAAGAAAGAGAGAAGCUGCGUGAGGAAAAAAGGAAAUAUGUGGAAUACCUGAAACAGUGGAGUAAGCCUAGAGAAGAUAUGGAGUGUGAUGAUCUUAAGGAACUUCCAGUUCCAAUGCCAGUGAAGACGAGACUUCCUCCUGAGAUCUUUGGUGAUGCUUUGAUGGUUUUGGAGUUUUUAUAUGCUUUUGGGGAACUUUUUGAUCUUCAAGAUGAAUUUCCUGAAGGAGUGACUUUAGAAGUUUUAGAGGAAGCUCUUGUAGGAAAUGACACUGAAGGCCCACUAUGUGAAUUGCUGUUUUUCUUCCUGACUGCCAUCUUUCAGGCAAUGGCCGAAGAGGAAGAAGAAGUGGCCAAAGAUCAAAUAGCUGAUGCUGAGACCAAAGAUUUAACAGAGGCUUUGGAUGAAGAUGCAGACCCCACAAAAUCUGCACUGUCUGCAGUUGCAACUUUGGCAGCUGCAUGGCCCCAGUUACAUCAGGGGUGCAAUUUGAAAAACUUGGAUCUUGAUAGCUGCACACUUUCUGAGAUUCUCAGACUUCACAUUCUAGCAUCAGGUGCUGAUGUAACGUCAGCCAAUGCGAAAUACCGCUACCAGAAACGCGGAGGGUUUGAUGCUACUGAUGAUGCUUGCAUGGAGCUGCGAUUAAGUAAUCCUGGGCUCUUGAAGAAGCUUUCAAGUACCUCAGUGUAUGACUUGUUGCCAGGAGAAAAGAUGAAGAUUCUUCAUGCUCUCUGUGGGAAACUUCUGACUUUGGUCUCCACUCGAGAUUUCAUUGAGGACUCUGUUGAUGUACUACGACAGGCAAAACAGGAGUUCAGAGAAUUAAAGGCGGAACAGCAUCGCAAAGAACGGGAGGCAGCAGCAGCAAGGAUACGUAAGAGGAAGGAAGAAAGGUUGAAAGAACAAGAGUUAAAAAUGAAAGAGAAACAAGAAAAGCUGAAGGAAGAAGAGCAAAGAAAUCCUGCUGUGGAAGUAUCUGUUGGGGAGGAGGAGCGAGAGGACCUUGAUACCAGUACAGAGAGCAAGGAAAAUGAACGUAAAGAGCCAGAAAUAGACACAGUGACAGAGGAUGAAGAAGAGCUGGGACCAAACAAAAAAGGAAGGAGAGGAAGGAGAGGGCAAAAUGGAUAUAAAGAAUUUACAAGACAAGAAGAUACUUCUGAAAAGAGUGAACCUCUUACUGCUGAAGAUGAGGAAGCUUUAAAACAGGAGCAACUAAAGAAAGAGAAGGAACUAUUAGAAAAGAUACAGAAUGCAACAGCCUGCACAAAUAUUACUCCCUUAGGUCGUGAUCGUUUGUACCGACGCUACUGGAUUUUCCCCUCAGUUCCUGGAUUGUUUAUAGAAGAGGACUAUUCUGGUCUCACAGAAGACAUGUUGUUGCCUCGAACCUCUUCCUUUCAGAAUAGUGUACAGUCUUGCACAAAUGAACCUCAGGUAUUCAGUAAAACUGGAGAGUCUUUGAAAUCUGAAUCUACCUCCAAUGUUGACCAAGAUUCACACACCAGUGUUGUUGUAGAGGUGCCAAGGCCAGUAUAUAAACCAAACCGUUGGUGCUUUUACAGUUCUCGGGAACAACUGGACCAACUUCUAGAGGCUCUCAAUUCCCGAGGACAUAGGGAGAGUGCCUUAAAAGAAACUCUUUUACAAGAGAAAGAUAGAAUAUAUGAACAACUAAGCAGUUUUCCUGUGGAAAAAUUCCAUAUUCCAGACAAACCUCAAAGUGACAUUAGACCUCCUCCUCCAAUACGGGGAAGGAUGCAGAAUGCCCAUGAUACAUCCCAAAUAUCUGCAGAAAAGCAACUUGAAAUGAGACUCAGAGACUUUCUUUUGGACAUUGAAGACAGGAUCUACCAAGGAACAUUGGGAGCUAUUAAGGUUACAGACAGGCAAUCUUGGAGAGCAGCCUUAGAACAUGGGCGGUAUGAAUUUCUAAAUGAUGAAAAUAAAGAAAAUGGUAUAAUUAAAACUGUGAAUGAAGAAUCUGAAGAAAUGGAAACUGAUGAUCAAGAUAAGUUCAUUGUUAAAGACCGACUCAUUGGAUUGAAAACUGAAGCUCCAAGUGCUGCAUCAACAAGUACAAGUACUCCUCAGCCAGUUAAUAAUGUGGUCCACUGCUUAGCAUCUGCACUGCUCCAGAUAGAGCAAGGAAUUGAGCGCAGGUUUCUCAAAGCACCUCUUGGUAAAGCAGAAGAUAAUAAAAGGAGCCACAGGGGGUAUAAAAAGAGGAAGAAAGUGGAAGACAAGACUAGUCAGAGAGAUGAUGCCAGCGAUGGUGGACGAUCCUACAAAACAGUUUUGGAUCGCUGGAGGGAGUCACUUCUUUCUUCUACCAGCUUGUCUCAAGUCUUCCUUCAUCUGUCUACAUUGGAUCGAAGUGUCAUCUGGUCAAAGUCCAUCCUCAACGCCCGCUGUAAAGUAUGUCGAAAGAAAGGUGAUGCAGAAAGCAUGGUGCUGUGUGAUGGCUGUGAUCGAGGCUAUCAUACCUACUGUAUCAGGCCCAAGCUUAAGAUCAUUCCUGAAGGAGACUGGUUUUGUCCGGAGUGCCGACCAAAGCAGCGCUCUAGACGCCUUUCCUCCAGACAGAGACCAUCUGUGGAAAGUGAUGAAGAGAUGGCUGAGCGAAUAGAAGGGGAGGAAGAGGCAAGCUACGAUGAAAUGAGACAAAGUGAGGAAGAGGAUUAUGAAGAAGAACAUGAAGAGGAAGAUGAAUCUCAGGAGGAAGAAGACAUGAGCCCUUCAAAGCACGGAAGACCACAGGUAAAGUUCCCAUUAAAAAUGAGAGCAGCCAAACUCAACAAUCCUUUUUCAAGUCGGAACAUCCAGCGUCAGGCAAGAUACGCUUCCCGGAGUCAGCAAAAUACACCUAAGCAAGCAGGAUCUUCAUCUAGAGUGACCAGAAGGGGGUUAAGGAAGGUAAAAUCAGCCCCUCCAUCAGUGACAAAACCUACUUUAAGACUUAGCAGCCGGACCACUCGUCAGAGCCAAAGUUCAUUACAAGCAGACGUAUUCGUGGAGUUACUCAGUCCUCGAAGACGACGAAGAGGAAGAAAGAAUGCUGAUAACACACUGGAAAAUAGUCCUGAUUCUCUUGGAUUUAGAAUCGUUGAUUCUACAGACUCUAAUGAACGGGUUAGAAAAUACCCAGUUGCUGCUCCAAAGCUUUCUCUUCCUGUUAGUGAGCCCAAGAGAAGAGGCAGGAAACGACAAUCCACAGAAUCAUCUCCUCAGACCUCAUUGAACAGGAGAAGUUCAGGACGUCAGGGAGGAGUCCAUGAACUCUCAGCAUUUGAACAACUUGUUGUGGAACUGGUACGACACGAUGACAGCUGGCCUUUUAUGAAACUGGUUUCCAAAAUCCAGGUACCAGACUAUUAUGAUAUCAUCAAAAAACCUAUUGCCUUAAAUAUAAUUCGUGAAAAGGUGAAUAAAUGUGAAUACAAGCUAGCAUCGGAGUUCAUUGAAGACAUUGAGUUGAUGUUUUCAAACUGCUUUGAAUACAACCCUCGUAACACAAGUGAAGCAAAAGCUGGAACUAGACUUCAGGCUUUUUUCCACAUCCAGGCUCAAAAGCUGGGACUUCCUAUCACAUCUGGUAAUGUGGACCAUGCCGCUCCUGUGGCCAAGAAGUCACGAAUCUAACCUCUGCCUUCCAAAGGAUUUUUUGAGGGAAUCUGCUAUGUUCAUGAAAUGAAAUGUUAAAUCAUGCAGUCAUCAUACCUGUAUAAAGCAAUAACAACUGUUUAACCACCUUGAAGCGUGGCCUGCACUAUAUUCUCAAUGUAAUAUUAAGCACUCAGGAGAACGUAGGAAAGAUUACCUUUGCUACAGUUUUAUUCAGUGUCUAAUAAUUUUGAUAGCUGUACUGGAUACAGUACUGGUUUACAGAGGUUUUGUACAUUUUUAAUACAUUCAUGUGUCCAAAUAUCUUCUAGAAAUGCGUUGUUUUUUUUCCUGCACCAAAUGAUCUUGUUUCAUCCUCUAGAUAUUGUAAGAGCUGUGGUAUUGAGGGCUUUAUCAACUCAGAUAAAAUCUUCUGCUGUAGCGCAGUUGAAGAAACUGUGUAUGUUUAAAACUCAUUUGAGCAUAUCUUCUCGACACUACACAUGAAUGAGUACAAUGAGCAUAUCUUAUAAGUACUGUACCAGUGCUGGCUGGAGGUAUUCAGUCCGAGUUUAUUAAGUAGAUAUUUAUUUAGCAUUCAAAGUAAUUUGUGAAUUUGUUUUGUAUUUAUAAAAUUUGUACUGGGGAUUAAAAACAAAACAACAACAAAAAAAAGAGUUCCAUAACUUUUUAAAUUUCUGCCUGUGUUUUUUGUUUAUCCCCUCUAACUUCUUGAUGAUCAAUCAAUAAAUCCCUUCCCCUCUCCCUGGCAGUUCUUCUAGCAAUGAGUAAAUUUACAGGACUGUAUUAUAAGUUUCUAUGUACAACUUUCAAAGUGUACAAAUAAAAUGACACAUUUUUCAAAGUA